GGGGGGGGUUACCCCCUGGUCACACCCCGAUCAUGCCAGAACGAGGAACUUCACCGGCUGCUGGCCAAACAGAGGCCAGGAUCAUGAGGUCAUGCACAAACCCUCUGCAGGUAUCUAAUAUUCAGGGCGUUCUGCGUCGUGUUGGCCGCACACGAGCCGAAAACGUCAACCCUGCCACAUUGUUGCUCUGCUGACGCUCUUGCCUUUGGACCGAAAAGAGCCGCUUUUGCGCCUGCUGCAUGUGCGACCAGUUUGCCAGAGAGAGGCUUCACGCCGUCGGCCAAGCGGGCCUUGUGGCAGCGGUGGAGCCCACUGCGGUAGAGCGGCUUGACCAUGUUGGCCAGCUUCUCGCCGAAAAGAAGCCCUGGCCCGCCUUUCUGCACCUCGGAGCUCGAGCAACGAAAGAGUGGGAGGCUUGCCCCACCCCCGUACAGGAGGCUCUGGCAUGGAUGGCGACAGCUACGGUUGGGGUGCUCGAUAUGACGAGCGUAGGGCCCUUAGAGCCUGUUUGCCAGGCAUUCAAGGGGUUGAUCGAGGCUGCCGAAGGUGCAGCGGAGUCCCAGGACAAACUCAAGGGGCUGAUAUCCCGGUGCCCUUUCCUCACCACCGUCUUGAUUCAGCACGACCGAGCGGUUGGUCCGCUCGCCCAGGGCGGCAAGUGCAGGGCGCUCUUUUGCCACCGCAGCGACCUGAGCACUCUCACCGACUUCGAGGAGCGUCUGCGCACCAUCAGUAACGACAUCGCCUUGGUGGACGGGCUGGAGCAUCAACAGCUGUUGUUGGCCGUGUAUCGCCAGUUGCGCCCUCCAACGUUGCCGGCUAUGGCCUCGGUACCUGCAGGGCCGAUCUCCCUGACCGAUGGCCACAUUUCACGGCCUUCGUUGCUCGGGAGAGCCAUUGGUUACCUCACGAACACGGCUGUGGGCGACGCGCCCUGUGUGCUGACCGGCAUGGCCGGAGCGGGAAAGUCGGUCCUGGCGUCCGCAGUUGUACAAGUGGAGAAGGUCCGCGAGCACUUUCAUGCGGGGAUGUAUUGGGUGAGGGCGCGUGACGCGAAGGAUCAACUCCACGCGUGCUUGGAAGGGCUUGCGUUACGAGUGGCGUCAACGUCAGGGACUACUGCCCCCGGGCUUGGCAGCGUGGAAGAAGUGACGCGUUACCUGAAAGCGGUAUGUGCCGACUCCGUGUCACCGCGCUUGAUCGUGCUCGACGACGUGUGGGAGCGGGAGGUCGUUGACACCCUGAAGCUGACGGGCCUGCAGCUGCUGGUAACUACGCGCGACCGUUCGGUGGUGUCGAUGCCGGGAGAGUGCGUGGAGGUGGGGGAUAUGGAGGACGAGGCCCUGGAGCUACUGAGAGUCGGUUGCGGGGCAUCCAAGAACCUCGAGUUACCGCGCGCUGAGGUGUUGCAGGUCGUGGUUGACUGCGGGAACGACCGCAUCAUGACCGUACCGAAGCGAGUAGAUGCUGUCUUGGAAGUGAGCUUGGGCGCCAUGGCAGAAGACCCAGCGAAGCAGCGAAGAUGCCUGUUCCUUGCGGCCCCUGGGGCUGCCAAGACGUUCGCAAGACAGCUCGUGGAUCAGUCCAUGCUCCAGCCUGCAGGGGAUGCUCUUCGCGUUCACGAUCUUGUCUUGCUGUUCCUCAAGCCCAAGCUCAAAGCCGAUUCCAGCCGGCCCAUCACCACCUCCCGUAUCGCGGAGUAUCUGGGACAUUUGAAGGUUCUGCGAAGAUAUGUUGAGGACGGGAGACGAGCGACGGUGUGUAUUCCUUGAUGGCCCUUUGGAGGUCGGUGGAGGACCUCGUGGGGGAGAGCCAAGUCGCAGCUGUGUACACGAAGAACCUCCAAGGGGUACCGGAAUAUGC